AUGCAUCUGUCGACUACUCUCCUUGCGAGCGCCAUGACCAUGGGCGUCUCGGCGGCAACCAACAACAUUCUUGGUUUCAACUCUGGAGCAACCUUUGCGGACCGGUCUGCCAAAUUCAAGAAAGACUUCGAGGCCGAGAUGAAGGGCGCCCAGGGCCUCAAGGGUGCCCCUGGGACCUUCAACACUGUCCGCCUCUACACCAACAUCCAGGCCUACUCACAGGACGACCCCAUCCAGGCUUUCGAGGCCGCCAUGGAGACCAAGACCCAAUUGCUCUUGGGUAUCUGGGCCUCGGGCACUGACAACAUUGACAAGGAGAUUAGCGCCCUGCAAAAAGCCGUCAAGACGUACGGCAAGGAGUUCACAGACCUCGUGGUAGGAAUAUCUGUAGGAAGCGAAGAUCUUUACAGAGAUUCACAGACCGGUUCGAAGAACAAGGCCGGCGUGGGCAACUCCCCUGAUUCCAUUCUCAAGUUUAUUGGAGACUACAAAAAGGCCUUCAAGGACAGUGCCUUGAGCAAGGUUCCGGUGGGACACGUGGACACUUGGGAUGCCUGGACCAACUCCUCCGUCAAGCCCGUCAUCGACGCUGUGGACUGGGUAGGCGUCGAUGAGUACCCCUUCUAUGAAAACGGCAAGGGAAAUUCCAUCGAGAAUGCCCCUUACCUAUUUGAGAAGGCGUAUGGUGCUACUGUCAAUGCCAUCAAUGGAAAGCCAAUCUGGGUCACAGAGACCGGCUGGCCAACCACCGGCCCUGAUUGGGACGAGGCCAAGGCAUCUGUCGAAAACGCCAAAUAUUACUGGGACGAAGUUGGUUGCCGCAGUCUCUUCAACAAGGUUCCUACCUUCUGGUAUACCCUGCGUGACUCCAACCCCGACAACAAGGUCAAGUUCGCCAUCGCCAAGGACCUGACCACCCCUCUCUUCGACCUGACUUGCCCCAAGACCUUCAAGACUAAGCCCAAGUCUUCAAGCGUUGUCUCUAGCGCUACUGGCACUGCUACCGGCACUGCUACCGGUACUGCUACUGCUACCGGUGCUGUCAACGGUACUGCUACUGCCACUGGUGCCUCCAGGCCUACCUCUACUGGAGGCUCCGGCAACCCUGGCUCUGACGGCUCCAACGGCUCCAACGGCUCUGGUAACAACGGCGGCUCCAACAAUGGCGGCUCCAACACUGGCGGUGGCUCUGGCACCACCUCUGGUGCUACUGCCUCCUCCACAGUCGUCAAGGGCGCCUCAUCUACCGUUGAAAAGUUCUCUGGCGCGGCCUACUUCGUCUUGGCUGUCCUUGCUGGUUCCUUGACCCUGCUUUAA